CGGUGACUUGUUUAUGCUCCAUGUGACACCAGAUAUCAGUGACUGGACUCCAGUGUGUGUGUGUCUCAUCAGAACCCACUCCAGCACAACUUCAGAUCACUCUGACUUUGAAAUUUCUGUCAAAUCACAAAACCUCCAAUCACGCUGCAUAGUUAGCUCCCAGUUAGCUCUCACUGCUAAUGGCCAACAGUCCAGAUUUAUAAAUAGUUUAGAGGCUGUUUGUUUCAUCCUUCUGACACUCGACACCAAAGGAUCUCGUGCUAGCUCAAGUCCUCAUUCUGUCCCCCCAUGGUGGACGCUCUCUCUGGGACGAUUCCUCUAUUUUUGUCUGGUCUCCCAUCCCGAACCCUGCUGCCUGCUGCCGGUCAGAUGCCCAGAGACCUCACAGUGAAGCAUGUGGAGGAUUUAGCUUUGGACGGUUGGCAUAAAGCUCUGCCAGACGGUGGAUGUGUGCGGUGACAGCUUGGAAUUGCACCAGCGAGGCCUUUUUUUGGGCUGAAGGAGCCUUUUCUGGAUUUCUGAACAGGCCCCAAAUUAUGGAGUAUGAACUUAAAAGGAAAGCUUUGAAGUCCAGGAGUAUUUGUGCACGGGGAAAUUAAAUCCCACAAUGCCUUCGGAGCAACUUCCAAACAUAGGUCCCAAACUCCAGGAGCUGCAGCUCCACCAGCAGGCACAGAGCAUAAUUUUAAAAUCUAUAUUUACAUGAAUGACUGAACGACUGAAGACAGAGCUUCUUUCUAUUGAGUCUGCAUCAUGACAUCGGCUGAGAAGCGUCGCUCGAGCAGAAAGAGUGGUGGACGCCGAAAGCACAGCGACGGGGGCUUCAGCGACGCCUCCAGCGGUGGGUCCUUCCUGGAUGAGGCCGACCGCGAGGUCAGCAGUCUGACGGACAGAGCGUUCAGAAGUCUCUGCAUCGGAGAGGAGGCUGUUUAUAAUGACUCUGACCUCAGUCUGUCUUCACCAAGCAUCCAGAGAGACAGACAGCUGACCUUUAACCAAGACAGAAACAUGGAGGUGAGAGACUGGGAGGAACAAAAGAGAGCUGCACAUGAGAAUUUCAGCCUCAGGGUGCAGCAGUAUGGACAGGACUGGAUGCUCGGGGGGAUGUGUGGAGCAGAGAUCCACAGAGAUCCACAGUGGCAAGAUUAUGGCGCGAGGAUGCAAGGGAUGGUUUCUGCCACAUUCCAGCACUCCUUGGUGGAAACUUGUCAGCAGGGAAACCCUCUGAGGGAGGGGGAGCUUUCUUUCUUUAGCAAUGGAGCAACAGAGUUGAGGUCACAGCAGCGCAGAAGCCACUCCAGAGUUUCUUCUCUCGUCAGAGCCUUCAACGCUGAGGGCCGCAGGGACGAAGAAGGAAUAGAUAAUAAUCCAGGGGUGUGGAGUGAUGGGACAGGUUGGGACAGAGCGGCUCUUGUGAGCGUCCAGAAGGAACUUUCUGAACUCUCUACAUCAUACCAGCACAAUUCUGAUGGUCAUCACUUCCCUUCUGCAACUCUGUUUUCACCUCAGGACACCGGUUUCUGUCCCCCCCAUGGAAUGGCUCGAAUGUCCCAGGUGAAACACAACAUGUCUGCACAGGUCAGCUGCAACUCCAACUUCUUCAUUCACAGCGAGUUCAGUCCCUUCAGGCUAUGGAGGGAACACAACAGGUUUCCUUUCCAGCAAGGAGACAUCUCUGGCUUCAUGCAGCAUUCAGAGUUUCCAAAAUGGUACAACACGCCGAUGUACAACGAGCUUUCGCUUGAAAACCAGUCACACGCUCCCUAUAGGGAUCUCAGAGACUCAAGGAAUCACCUGGGACUCACAGCUCCCCCACCUCGGUCCACUUCAACGUCCACGGUGCUGCAGAAAGCUUCAGCCAUGGAGAAACGCUGCGAGUCAGAGCUGGCGGGCCAUUAUCCUCACAGGAAGUGGACACAAAGUCUGGGCGCUAACAAACUUCCAUCCCAACGUCCAUCAACGGCUUCGCCCACCACUGAGAUGUCUCGACGGGUCAGAGACACCAUCAGCUCCGUCAAAGCUCUCCAGCAAAAGCUGAAAACGAUGUCUGAUCAGAACACGACAACAGAAAAGACAACAAAUCAAACAAACCAAGGAGGACUUUCUGGGCACGAAAGGUUGGGCAACCAUGGCAACACCGCAGUGACACUAGAGGCUAAUGCAGUCAGCACCAGCAGGCUGCUCACACCUGCAGCCCAAUGGGAAGAAGAGACGUUAUGUCUCAAGCAGCAUGACGUUUCUCCUCAACCGGUGGAGCAUCCUCCUGUACGAGCUGGGAGCAGGGGAGGCACUCCUGAUGUCAGGAUGUCCAGCUACAAAUCUAGAGCUACGAGUCUCCUCUUCAAUCUCAAAGAUAACAGGAAGAGAGUAAAAAGCACCUACAGCCCUGCCAAAUUUAAAGGUUUGGAGAUUCAGGAGAAACCGAAACAGCCUUUAGUGCAAGAGACAUCUCAGCCUGUGACGCAAAUCCCUGUUUCUACAGAUGCGGACAUUCAAGAACCCAAAAGAACUACAGUGAACCAUCAUUACAACCCUGGACUAUCACUCACAGCUCAAACACACCAACCUGAAGGAGUGAAUCCAGAAAACAACGUUGGCGAUUACCAAACAGUGCAGGCGCAAGGUCAGACGGUUCAUCAUGCUGGCUUUAGUGGCUUCAUCCCUGAGAACUGCAUUAACUAUCAGCUGGCUAAUGGACAGAAUCCUCAUGAAAACGUAGCAUCGUUUACUCCCCGUAAGCGAGAUUAUCUUGGAUCAGCGGAGCAGCUUCAGCAGUCUGAUUCUGCCACAGACGCAUCAAGGUUAAACACUGCAAACAGUCACAGCAGAGAAUAUUUAAGAAGCCAAGCUCAUUCUGAGCAGGCUUUCAAUGAACCAGUGGGAGGAGUACUCUCAAAGGUGAAAAGGUAUGAGCAGAUGAGAGAAAACAAAGACAUUUACAAAAGUGUGUCCUCACAGGAUAGAUGGAGGCAGGUACGUAGCCAAGAGAUGGAGAAGUUCAGUCUGAAACCAGCUUUGUUUCAAUCAAAACACGAUGUUUUAACAGAAACGUCACAAGAAGAGACCCGGUCAGGUAGAGGUAAAGAGAAAACAGAGCUGGGGGAGAGCUCGGUUCAUGGAGAACAGGAACAGGGGGGACGACAAGAGCAAAAGACAAAAGAAGACAGUUUAAUGCAGAUUUGUGAUGAAAGUUUCGAUCAACAUCACAGAAAGCAAGUCGAUCUUUAUCCUGCGACAGAGACGCAAAACCCGGGUCAGGUUGAACAACACACGUCCUUUCUAAAAGAGGAGGAAACAGAAAGUCAACAGCUAAUUAAAAUGAAUCAAAAGGGUGAAAUCCCUGAAGACACGCCUGCCCAAAUGCAUCAGAUGCAAGACAAACUGCAUGUUGACAGCAAGGAUGAAGACGCCACAGCGAAACACAAAACGGGUCAAAAGUCCAAAGCAGAGGAUCAACACAAGGUUCAAGUAGAGCAGCCCAAAGGAGAGCCGCUUGAUGUCACUUCAGCUGAGAAGUCGAUUAAAAUAGAGGAGUCCAAAUCAGACCCAACAAAAACUAAGAGUUUAAGACAAACCCAUGAAGAGAUUAAAGAGGAGAAGAGGAGAGGAGAACAGGACGAGCAGGUCGGAGAAAAAGAACCAGAGACAGAUGGAGAGAAAGAAACAAAAACAAUUCAGCUGAUUUCAGACGAGGCUGAGAUUAUUACAGAUGAAGUCGGGUGUGAGCACGCGAGAGAGGAGCAGGUGAAAGCAGAGAUCACAGAAACAGAGGAGCUAAAAAAGGAACAUGUUCAAAUCCAACCUGCAAAGUCUGAGGAGGCUGAGACGGUUAGAGCACAACAAGCUGUCAUAGAAGAAGCCACAGGGAAAAGUAUAAAACCAGAGGAGGAGAUCGAGGCUGAACGAGUCAAGACAGAAAAUACUAAACAGACUGAAGACAGAAAAACACAGCAAGCAGAAGAAAUGAAGGAGACACAAACCAAAACCGAAGGAAUCAAAGUUAAAGCAUCAGAGGCUGAAAGAGACUGCGUUACAGCUGAGAAUGUCCGACGACCUAAGGAUAUGAAAGAUUCGAGUAGUAAAGGUGAAGUGAGCUCACAUAAAGCAGAAAUCCUGGCCAGAGAGACAAAAGGCAAACAGGAAAAGGUAGAAGAAAACAAACAGGAGCGGUCUAAAGCAGUAAACCUGAAGGAGAGCUCCGAAAACCUCACAGCUAAACUUACAGCAGCUCAGCCGGUCAGAAAUGAACCAGACAGAGUCGAGCAAGUCAAGUCAGAGUUAGCUAAAGCUAAAGCAGAGUUAGCCAAAAUAAAGGAGAAGAUGAGAGGAGACCAAAAGGAGAAAGUAAAAAACAAUGCAGCCGUAAAAGAAGAUGAAGCUACAAAACACAAAAUUCCUUUAAGGAUGGUUCCAGAAGAAAACAAAGACAACAUAAAGCCGGGUGAACUGGAUGAGAUGCCGAGUCACAGGGAUGCUAAGGGUUAUGAUCGACCCUGGGAAAAAUAUGGUUUUUCAAAUGCUGCAAAAACAAACCUCAUGACACCAGGAAGUGUAACAACCGAUGCUAAUAAAACAGAAGUUACAUCUCUCAAAGAAGCUGGGAUAGGAAAUAAUGAGACAAAUAAACAUGAACCUGGUCUGGCAAAAGCUAACACAGGAAAAAAGGAGGAGAUCCUGGUGUGUCAUGGGGAGCCAUCCAAAGAAUUCAAACUAUCCAACACUAACUCCGGUCCCACGGCUUUGUGUACUAAAGCAAAUGAUGACCGUGUCCAUGAGUCAAAGGAUGACCAAACGUCGGUAAGAGAGCUAAGAGAUUCUGACGUGGCUAAACUCAAUCCUCUUGAAAGAAAAGCUGACUUGAAUGAGCAAACCACCGGCCCAGGUAAAGAGCUACCUGUUACUUCACCGAGAGUUUUACUGCACAAAGAGAGAGCGCAGACUAAGCAGGAAAUCCUGACUUCCAGAAUAAAAGCUCAUGCCGAAAAAGAAAUUUCAGCAAUAAGAGAAAAGGGACUGACUUUACGAGAAGGGUUUAUAGGCAAAGGUUCAACCAAGCAUUUAGCAAGUGGUCAGAGUGCCAACGUUCGACAGAAACCUCCAUCACAGGAAGCGCCUAAGAAUCAGGAAGCAUUUAACAAUAUUCCAUUAAAGAUGGAACAUUCACGACUAGAACCAGCCAAGUCUGAGCCAGUCCGGAGCUCAGCGACAGUAAAGUCUGCGACAACCAACGAUCAGCUUGUAGAACAUACGGAAAACAGCGCAACGAGCAGAACUGUGAGGAAUAUGCAGAAAGAAGUUGGGAUGAAGUCACAGAUGAAAAGUAAAGAGAAAGAAAUUGUGAAAAACAAUCCAGUAAAAGAGCAAGAAAACUCCACAGACCCAUCUGGAAGACAGAAAGAGGAACUCCAGCAAGCACACAUGAGAGAAAUUACUAGUGAAAAGACAAAAGAUCAAACAGAAGCUGCAGGUGUGAAAGCUGCAAACUCCAAAUUUCAGACCACAGAGAACUGUGGAAGUACCAAAGCAUCAAAUCAUGACUCAGAAGCGCUGAGUGUUGUGAUUGGACAGAAAGACACCACCGCAAUAAACGACAGCCUGGAGAUCACGGGAAUAAUGGUAACCAUCAGAGAGAGAAAUCCAUUGAUGAACACGGAUUGGGGAAAGAACAGCCCUGGAAAACAAAAUUCAGCUGAACAAGAGUGCAAAACCUCGGAGGCAGAGAAGGGCUAUCCAGCAGAGGAAGAAAGCACCUGUGCAAAGGAAGUUAGCAAGGUAAAAGCAAAAGAGGAAAAGAAAACUCAGUCUGCAUUAAAGGAAGAUCCAGCUGAAGUUGUUAAAUACAACAGCACUGAAAAUGUCCAAGAAGUUUUCAUUUUGGAGACAAAAACGAAAGACGUGAUUGAAAAAGUCACAGACAAAAUGACAAAUCUGCAGCGAAAUUCUUCUGCAAGUGUAGAACCACAGGGAGAACUUUUUACUGCACGUACUACGGAUAAAGAGUUGACAGAAAAGCAAUCAGUCCUCUUCAAGCAAGACACAAAUGUACAAGAAGCUAAAUGCAUCAUGACAAAAAGUGUAAAAGAUGAUUUGGUGCAAAGCUCAGAAGAGAUGAAUCAACAAGAAAAAGAGAAAUCACAAGUAAAUAAAACAUCUACUACCCACCCGGCCAACUCUGACAUAAACAACAGCAAAGGAGAUUUCUCUAUUGCAAUAAAAUCUUCCAAAAGCAUCGAUGGCCAAACUGCACCACUUCCAGAGGAAGAGUCGUUUUCCAAAGAUUCAGCCGAGAAUGAAAAAUUACAAUCUAACUCAGAACAGAGCAAAGAAGCAAAUCAAGACGUCAAUGUACACAUCGACACCAUCGCCAUCCGAGUUGUUCCAUCAGCCACCGAAGAGGACAGUUUGAAAAUAGCUGCAUGUAGAGAAGAGAAAGCAAUCGAUGAGCGCUGCUUGAAAACCUUUCCUUCAGCAAGUAGUAAACAGAAAAGGCAGGAAAGCCUGGAAGAUAAAUCAGCUGUGCAACAUGUGUUGUCAAGUGUGAGAAAGCUGUCUGACUCUUUGAAAGCAAGCAGUAAACCAGACAGCACAAGCACAUGUAAAUCUGAACAUGGAGGGCCUGGAUCUAACGCAUCACCAGAGGAAGGAGGCUACUUCCAAAUACAAGGAGUAACAGAAGCAAGCAAUGGGACCCAAAGUAGUGCAACUAAUGCUGAAGAUGAAUUCAAGGAAAAGGAGCUACCAGUGGUGCCGAACAAGACCAGCGAUGGAUUAAACCAGCAGGUCUUCAUGCUCGCUCUGGAUCAAACGGAAAAUAAAGCACGUUUAGGAAAGGAUCAAGAAGAGGACAUCCUAAGAACAAAUCAGGAAAAAGACGACAACCUGGGUUUAAAACAGGCAGAUGGUUCGAAGGACAGACAAUGUGUCACUGGAGGAAGAGAGGCAGAUCAACACAAUCAAUCCCACCGCAAAGACAACCAGCCUAAUUCCUCAUCAGCGGAAAAACUGAUUUUAAAAGAUUCACGCUCAACCAAAUUCUAUUCAGUUCCACAAAAGCCCGAAGCUAAACCGAAACCUGAAGGAAGAGUUUCCACAGUACCGACUAUAUCAGCGCUUGCAGACUAUGCCAGAUUAAAGGUGAUUGUUUCAGAGGACAAAGAGGACACGACACCUCAGGACUUCCCUCCCAACAAAAAAGAAGGAUUCUUCCCUCUAAUACAGACUCGUCCAAGUAGACGUCCUGUGUUCAGUGAUAACCACCCAAAUGAGCCACUGGUAAAAGACAGAAAGUUGGCAAAUAAAACAGAGAUUACCACUAAAACGAUUAAAGAACCCAAAGAGAUGAUGUUUCCUAUUACUGAGAAGGAGCACCAGCGAACGGGGAUGUUCAAACUGGGAGGUAAAGAAAGAUCAGAGAGAAUAGUUUCAGAUAGUCAAAUGGAUGCAGGUCCAAAGGAAAAUGUGGAAAUCCACUCCAGCCACAAAGAGACAAACAAGUCGCCAACAGCUCAAACCGGCACCAAAAGACUCGAUCUAAGUUCAAGUCAGCCAAAAAGUCAAGUGGUGGCUCCAACUGAACUGACAGACAAAAAACUAAUUCUAUGUGCAACUUUAGGGCAAAAGAAAGAGAACACAAGUCAACUGGAGAAAGACGAGAGACCUGAAACACAACAAACUAAAGACACUGAGGCUGGAGCUGAGGAUGGGGGGACCAGUAGACUAAAACAACAAAAGCUUUCAAAUCGGCACGAAGAAACCAAAACAAAGCAGCAGAGUCAGGAACAAAAAUGCAACGAAGAACAAAUGCUCAGACAUGAAAAGAAAAACGAUGAAGAGGACACAAAAAUAAAACACAUGCUAGAGGAGAGCAGAGCAUCUCUGGCUGAAGAACAGAGGAAAGCCUGCAGAAGAGAAGAGGAGAGAAGAGCAAAGGAGCGUGAAGCUGUCAAUAUUAUGAUCAAGGAGAGGCGAGAAAAACAAAGACAAUCAGAGGUACGAGCAGGAGAAGAAAUCAAAUCCAAACAAAGACAAGAGCAGAAAGUUCUUCUAAAGGGAGGGCACGUACAUACAAAACAAAAAGAAGAAGAUGGAACAGAAAAUGCAGAAAGGAAAUUAAUAAAGAUUGGGGGUGAGAACGUUUUCAGAGUAGGAGAAGAUGACGCUAGGAGAUUAAAGCAACAGGAGAAGGAGAGCAGUGCUCACGGAGAGCAUCCGAGCAGGACUGCAAAAGAGGAGCAAAAGAAAGCCUCCCACGAGAGGGAACAAUGGAGGCCGGUACAAGAGGAGCAACAGAGGAGAACAGCAAAAGAAGAGCAAAUAAGAUCUGCUCAAGUGGAACAGCAAAGAUGGCUGGCACAAGGGGAGCAAAGGAGGAAAUCUAUACAUGAAGAGCAGCAGAUACAAGCUGCUCUAGAAAAUCAAAAAAGAAGAGCUGCCAAGGAGUAUCAAAAGAGGACAACAGCAGAAGAAGAGAAAAUGAGAACUGCCCAAAUGGUGCAGCAAAGAAGGCUAGCACAAGAGGAGCAAAGGAGGAAAUCUGCACAUGACCAACAACAGAGUCAAUAUACUGAAGAGAAACACAAAAUAAAAACUGCCCAGAAGGAGCAACAGAGUGGAGCUGCUCAAGAGGAGCAACAUAGGGGACUGGUACAUGUAGAGCAACAGAAGAGAGCUGCAGAAGAAGAGCAAAGGAGAGUUGAUGGAGUAGAGCAGCAAAAGAGGCUGGCACAAGAUGAGCAAAGAAGGAAAUUUGCUCAUGAGGAGCAACAAAGAAGAGCUGCAUAUAUAGAGCAACAGAAAAUAGCUUCACAAAAAGAGCAACAGAGAACAUUUGUUCAAGCUGAGCAACAACAAAAAACGGAGCAAGAGCAAGGAGCUACACACAUGGAGCAGCAGAAGAGAGCUCCACAUGCAGAGCAACAGAAUAGGGCUAAAUAUAUAGAACAACUAAAUAAAGCUGCACAUGUAGAGCAACAUCAUAACCCUGCACAUGUAGAGCAACAGAAUAGAGCUCCAUAUGUAGAGCAACAGAAUUAUGCGGCACAUGUAGAGCAACAUCAUAACCCUGCACAUGUAGAGCAACAGAAUAGAGCUCCAUAUGUAGAGCAACAGAAUUAUGCGGCACAUGUAGAGCAACAUCAUAACCCUGCACAUGUAGAGCAACAGAAUAGAGCUCCAUAUGUAGAGCAACAGAAUUAUGCUGCACAUGUAGAGCAACAGAACAGAGCUUCAUAUGUAGUGCAACAGAACAGAGCUCCAUAUAUAGAGCAACAUAGUAGAGUUGUACAUGUAGAGCAUCAUAAUGAUGCUGCAAAUGUAGAGCUACAUAAUAUAGCUGCACAUGUAGAGCAACAAAACAGAUCUCCAUAUAUAGCGCAACAGAAUAAUGAUGCACAUGUAGAGCAACAGAAUGAUGCUGCACACGUAGAGCUACAGAAUAGAGUUCCAUGUAUAGAGCAACAUAAUAGAGCUGCACAAGUAGAGCAACAGAAUAGAGCUGUGCAUAUAGAGCAUGAGAAUAAAGUUGCACAUAUACAGCCACUGAAUACAGCUGCAUAUGUAGAGCAGCAAAUUACUUUUACACAAACAGAGCAGCAAAAUAGAGCUGUACAUGUAGAGCCGCAGAGAAGAGCUGUUCAAGAUUAUAAACAGCAUAAAGUUGCUGAAGACAAGCAUGAACUAAGAGCUGCUAAAGGAGAGAGGCAGAGCAGAAUGAUUCUGCAAGCAGAGCAAAGCAGAGUGGUUCAUGCAGACCAACAAACACAACUUGCACAUGGAGAGCUACAGAGAAGAACUGCAGAAGAAGAGCAAAGGAGAGUUGCUUCAGUGAAGGAACAAAGGAGGCAUAUACAAGAAGUGCAAAUGGUAUCUGAACAUGUGGAGCAAAAGAGGAAAGAUGCUAAAGAAACCGAGCAAAGAAGAGCUGCUCAAGACGAAAAACAGAGAAAAGUUAUGGAGGAAGAGCUCAAGCAAGCUGAGCAAGAGAAGCAUCAAAGGAGAGCUUUUCAAAUGGAGAAUUAUGGAAAAGUUUUACAAGAACAACAGAAACAAUCAGUACAAGACGAAAAACAGAGAAGUGAAGAACAGAAGCAGCAAAAGCAAUGGGGAGCAGCUCAGAUUGGGAACCAAUCGCAGACUAAACAGAUCUAUGACAAAAUAGCUACCGAUGUUCUAGAGGAAAGGGAGGGAAAACCAAGACGGGAUGAGAAAGCAGCUAUUCAUCCAGAGGAAAAGAGAAUUAAACAGACUCAGCAGCAGAAGAGUGAAGAACUGAUGGAAGAAAGACACAUAAAAGAACAAUGGAUGAAAACUUCAGAGGGGCGGGGAGAAAAGAUAAACGCUCAAAACGAAGAAAUCACGAGACAAAACAAUGACAAAAAUAAAAAAACUGGGAACAUUAUUCUUAUUGGGAAUAACGCAAUGGCACAAGAUCCAGUGCAAACCAAAGUGGAAAAUUAUUUAUGUGAUGACAAAAGGUCAGCCUUCCACAAAGAAAAUGCAAGCUCCAUUCAAACAGAGAUGCAACAUAAAGAAGCAUCAACGUCAGAUGCUCCCCAGUACUAUGCUAUAACCUCCGAGUCCAGUGAUGACUCCGCGUUCCACACCAGAACUCAAAGACCACAUUCUGCUGCAUCUCCAGGUUCAUCUUUGCCUCGUUCUAACACCUCCUCCCCUGCUCCAGGAGGCAAGCCUUGGAUGUUCAGAGUGAAGGACAACACCAUCAGAGGUUCUUCUCUCACCAAGUCAGUCAAACCACGCUUCCAUAAGAACUUUGGAGAGGAUUUUUGGAUGGGUUUACCCUCAGAGAGAGUAGAAGAUGAACAGGAGAUGAUGAGACGAAGCGCGGGGACCCCUGUUAUGUCUAACAAGGGAUUGAACCGAUCAGCAUCUUCACUCCAGGACUACUCAACCUCUUUCUCCCAUCAAAGGUCCUACUCCAGGAGAAGUUUGGCACUGGAUGAAGAUGAGUCUCGUUCUGUCAUCAGCAACAUGUCAGAAGAUGUAGAGAGCAUUGCAACCAACGCAACAGACGUGGCAGACGUUCGAGGUCUGUUUGACCAUGAGAGACCUGAAUCAGCCUGCAGCUUCAGCAGUGACGUGUCACGUUCUCUGGGCAAACCUCCAGUUGUUCCACCAAAGAGUGACAAAGCCUUGCGCAGAGCUCAGAGGUUGACAACUCGACGGAUGAAGAAAGAACUGUCCAAAGUGGCGGAAGUCUCCAGUUUGCCCCCCUCUGCUGAGGUAUGGUCCUCCAACCAUCAUGCUGUGGCUUCUCCUCAUUUUUCCCCACCUAUAGCCUUUGCUCAUGCUUCUUCUCUGAGAUCUAGCUCGUCUUCUUCCCAGACAGAACACCAAUCUUCUCACCACUCCUUUCAUGCUUCCCCUCAUGCCACUGGUCCAAUCUCCCUCCCCAGUUCCUCUCCUCAUGCAGCCCCCACAGUUCCCCUUCCUCCUGUGUCUCGUCAUGCUUCUGUCCCCGCCGCUCCUACGACAGUUGCUCAUGUUUCCUUUCCUUCCAUUUCCCAUUUAAUCCAUCCCCACUCCACUCCAGUGACACAGUACCAAGUAGAGCCAAGCCACUACCACCAGUCCUACCCACUGACCCAGCACAGGGUCCUGCAAGACUUGGGGUCCGGUCAGUAUUUUGUAGUGGAAGUGCCCGUUCAAGUCAAAACAAAGACAUUCUUUGAUCCUGAAACAGGAAAGUAUGUUCAACUGAAUGUGAGACAGUCGGGUCAGAGUGUUUCCCAGUCUCAGCCCCAGCCAACAACUCAAGUCCCACUCAAGUCCCAACAACAGCCCCUCCCCCAGGGGUCUAUACCCGGCAAAUCGUUUGUGUUUUACCAAGGUUACCCAAGUUAUCCCCAAAGCUACCAGCCAGCGGUCAUCAACUCUGCACACCCCAACAGGUCAACAGCCCCUGCAGCUCUUCACCAAGACCAGCAACGUCCCAGAGAGAGCCACGUUUCUACAGAAGUCCAGCAGACCUCUGAAGAGCGUCGCUACAGUCCAGAGAAGACGCCGUACAUGGACACAGUUAAUGAAAAAAACAGAACGUACAACCCUGUAAACAGCACCCAGGAUUCACCUGAGUCGUUCCCACAGUUUGAAACCAGCAGUGAACUUUUAGGAAGUGAAGACGACAACCCAGCUAACUCGCUGUGUGAGCCCCGUGACAUCAUAGCCAUGAGGGAUCUGGAGGAUUUCAUGGAGAUUUCUGACUGGUGAAAACAAAGACUGACAAGAAGAUAUAGAUAUUUUAUUAAAUAAUGAAAAAUUAAAAAGACAAUGUGUGGAUAGAGAAGUGAAAUUGUCAAAUUUCUUUACAGACUAAAAUUGUGGAUUGUAGUGGAAGGAGACAAGCUCUUAAACUGCUGCUUUUUACAGAGGUUAGCUGUUGUAUUCUUUAUUUAUUGUAUUAAAGAGUUCACCAUUCCAUUUGACUUUUGAAUGUGAGAAGCUACAAUAUGUCUCCCAUCUUAAUAAUAUCAUCACACUCUUGUUCUGCCUUGUACUUGGACAAAACCAAGCAAACACCAACAAGACCGCUUAGGUUUCCUCUCUCUCUUGCUUGUGAAUGCCUAUUUUGGUUUAAUGUGAUGCAUGAAAUACUCAACUUUAAUAAUCCAAGAGUUUCAGUGACUCUAAUGCAUAACUUGUGUAUUCAGCAACAGAUUUGAAAUAAGCACAAUACAACAAUAUGUUUUGUUUCUUACAGAAAUCAUUUAAAGGUUUUUAGGAAUGUUUCUGUGUUGCUGUGGAAGAAGCAUGACAUGAACUUAUUCAGACAAUAAAAAAAAUCAUCCUUUGUUAUUAUUUUUG